AUGGCUCGAUUCCGACCCCCAAGAACUCAUGCUGCUGGACGAAGCUUUUCCUCCGGACCUUCUAGAAGAGACGCAGGGUUCUUCCACUCUUAUGCCACACAUGUAAUCGGUCCCGGAGAAUUCAAUCCGGAGAAGAGAAAGAUUCCUACGGGGUCAAACCCUUUGCAUAACAAGCGAUGAAAAAGGUUUAUUGCUCCCUCUCCUUGUUUUUGAACUGGAGGUUGUGGAGGUUCUUGAGGUUUUGAAUAUUUAUUUUAAGCUCAGAUCGAUGGGAAUUGAUCAUAUGAUGUUGUGUAUGUAGAUAUAAGUAUAGUUUGUGUGUAAUUGUAUGCUCGCAAAAAUAUGAUUCCUUAUAUGUUUGAUAACAUAGUAAGAUGUUUUUUUUUGUUUAAUCUCAUAUACUAUACUAUCAUUAGCAUGGAUAUGUUUGAUAUCAAGUGCAGCAAUUUGAUGUGAUUGCAAGAUGAUUUUUCUUUUGUUUCUUCUUUUUGUCGGCGGGAAGGUGAUUUU